AUGAUUGAGAGUAAUAGGGGCAGGAGAAGGGGAAAAAACAAUGAAAAAUCAACAAAUAAGUCUCCUCGUCCACGUCCACCGAAGUCUCCGCCUCCUCGUCCACCACGGAAGCCUCCGCGAUCUCCACCGCCGAAACCUCCACGGCUUCCACCUCGGAAUCCGCCGCCACCGAAUCCACCGCCACCACGACCGCCUCCGAAUCCCCCUCGACCUCCGCGAUCUCCACCACGACCGCCUCUGUCUCCACCACGUCCACGUCCACCUCGUCCACGACCGCCGCCAACUUGUGGAAGGAAUCGUUCGACGGGUAACAGCUUUCCUGGAUCAAUAUAG